AUGGAUAUCAAUGAAUUAUUAGAUGAGAUAGUUCUGGACAAUCAGUAUAAGCCGAAUUCAAGAGAUAAAAGUAGAAGGUCAUUUGUGGAUCCACCGUAAAUAGAAUUAUUUAAUGAAGGAAAAUUGAGACUCAAAAAAUUUCAAAUGAUCCAUAUGAAUUUGACAGUAUUUUGAAAUCUGCGGAUUCUCCACUUGAUAAACAAUAGACCUAUGCUUCUCGUUAAAGACCUUAAACUGCUAUCAUAGACGAAUCGAAAAAACAGAAAAUGGCUGAUUUAUUUUAAUUGCCAAAACCAAAUGUAGUCAAAGAUUAACUGCCAGUCCAACCAAUGGAGGACUCCACAAAUACCAACAAUGAUUUUUAAUAGACUCAGAGCAGAAGAGGAAAGAUGAGAAUGCUUUCACAAAAUAAGGGACAACCUUAAAAAAGUGGAAUGGACAUGAGUCAAGACCCUGUAUUUAAUUAUAAUCAAUAAUCUGAAAUUGAAAAAUAAUCAAUUCAAUCAGAUUAUUCAAAUAAAUAAAAUAAGUAACCAGAUAUUGGGUUCAAUAUCAAUAACAAUCAAACAAUCAAUACUAAUAAUAUCAAUAUCAAUAAUGCAAAUUUAACAAAAUUAUAAGAUGAAAUAUAAUCAUUAAAAUAAGAUCGAGAUAAAUUGAACCAAGAGAUAUAGUAAAUUAGGAAUGAAAAAAAUAAACUAUAGGAUGAAUUAGACAUUGAAAAGAGAGAGAGAACCAGGUUACUCUAAGAUAAAUUAGAUCUUGAAAAGUAAUUCAUUAAAGAAAAGGAGUACCUCAGAUCAGAAUUCGAAAGGGAGAAACAAAGAAUUCUUGAUACAGCCAAAUUAGAAGUAAGAUGAAAUAUCUAUUUAUUCUUAGAAUGAACUCAUCAAAUAACAAUUAGGAGAAUAAAAGUAACUUGACAAUUUGGCAGAAAAAAUAAAUGUCAGUGCAAAAGAAUUGGAAUUAUUAAAGAACUAAUUAUAUUAGAAGCAUGAAUAAUAGACAUAAGAGAAAAUUAAAUAAUUGGAUAUCAAAAAACUAGAAAUUUAAGACAGGGAGUCUCAAUUAGAAAAAGAAAAGUCAUAUUUAGAAAAUGAAAAGAGAAGACUGCAAAACCUAUAAGAUGACUUAAGCAGAAGAGAAUAAUUGUUUUAAGCAUCUAUUGAUGGAGAGAAGAAGUCAUUACAAAGUGAGAAGCAAUUAUUAUAGGAUAUAAAAGAUUCAUUGAGAAAUUUGGAAUUGGAAACAAAAAAACGAUUGGAACAAGAGAAUCUAUUAUUAUAAAGACAAAAGUAAUUAUGUUGAUCAUUAAGAUAGAAAUGAAUUUGAUGUCUAAAAACAUGAGUUGAAUUCUUAGGCUUAGAGUAAAUUAAGAUAGUUGGAGGCGGAUAGGUAGAUUUUUGAAUAGUAAAAAUUGGAAUAUUCUGAUUUUACUUAAAAGAAUAAUGAAAUUAUUUAAUAAAGGUAUGCAGACAUUGAAAAACAAUAGCAAAAGGUGGCUGCUAAAGAAAUGCAACUAAUAAAUCAAUAAAGAGAUUUGGAUAUGAAAAAUAACUAAGUUAACAGUUUGCAUGCUGAAUAUACAAGGAAAUUGAAUUUGGUUGAAAAUGAAAGGUAAUUAUUGUUGGACAAGUUGAAAGAAAUUAAUGAAAAGGAGAAAUUGUAUUAAUAAGAAAUUUCAAAUGUCUAAGAGUUUAGACAAAUGCAUUAAUAGGAAAAGGAGUAGAUUCAAAAGUAAAAGAUUGAAUUAACUUAACAAUUAACAAUUAAUUAAUAGGAUAAAAUUUAGAUAGAGUAAGAAAAGAGUCAAUUGAACAUGAUGCAUAAAACAUUAUCUCAUUUAAGAUAAGAAAUUACUUAAAAUUCUCUAUAAGGUUUCUCUUAAACGACAGCACCACCACUACCAAUUCGACUAAAUUAGAAAACUAAAAUGGAAAAACCUAGAUCUGCUUAAAAGAUCCCUUUUAAUACAACUUAAAAUCCCUCAAUGAAUCAAACAUCUUCAAAUUUUGAUGUUGGCAGCUAUAUGAAAUAUCUAAAAAAUGUUGAUUAUUUACAUUGA